AAAAAAAUUGUAUAUAUAUUAUUUCUGUUAUUUUUAGAUAAAUAUUUUCUAAAUGGAUGCUGCUGGAUCUUUUAUUGGAUAUUAUGUUUCGUUAGCUUGUGACAACAAGAGUAUAUAUGAAGGUGAAGUAAGUGAUAUUGAUGCUGCACUGCAGCUAAUCACGUUGACGCAUGCUCAUCAGUUGCUUCCAGACGGAAGUGCAAUGAAGUACCCCCAAAUCACUUUAACAGGGAAUCAUAUCAAUAGUUUAAAAAUAAUACGAGAAAAAAUUAAUCUUUCUCCUACAGAGGAGCAGUCUGAAACAAUAACAAUGAAAGUUGAUCGUACUACAGACUCGCAUAGAAAUAAAAGUCCAAAGUUUUAUAAUGGUGAAUUUUCCCGUUCUCCUACUAAAACAAAGAAAAAGAACGGUUGUUUUAGCGAGGAAGCUGAUAAACUGUCCAUGUAUCCUGAUUUCAAUUUUGAGGAGAAUUUAGCCAAGUUUGAUAAACAAGCUGUUUUUAACGAAAUGCUUCAAAAUUCACAGGACAAAUUGCCAGGUGGAAUUCCUGAGUAUGAUAGAAAAAUGAAAAGCCAAGAAAACGUACUUCCAACUUUGCCAGUUUCUUUACGCCAAAUUAAGGUCCCAGUGGAACAUGUUGGUAAAGAAUACACUACUGAGACUGGAUUUAUUAUUCCUGCAAUAACCUUAGCUCUUAAAGAAAAACUGUUUGCAGCUGCUGAGAAAGCUGGGUUGAAUUUGCAACAGCUUAGUGAGAAUGCUGGUAUCUGUAUUUGCCAAAUGGCUUUACAACUAGUGGGUGGCUCCUUACGACUUAAUCCUAAAAAUAAUCAUCAACGUCCUGACAUUGUUGUUUUAGCGGGGUGUCAUACGCAGGGUAUUCAAGCAAUUUGUGCAGCGAGGCAUCUGGCUAAUCACACAGUGAAUGUCUUACUGUAUUUGCCAGAGAAUUCAAAGUUUAUGCUGAACCAGGUUGAACUAUUUCUGAAAGCAGGUGGUAAAGUUAUUAAAUCUCCUAGAGAUUUGCCAACUCAACCAGUUGAUAUUAUUAUCGAUGCUAUGAUUGGCUUAGAAAGUAAAAGUGUUCCUGAUUGGUUUUCACUUGUUGCGUCAUGGGCUAACCAGAACAAAGCACCAAUUUUAUCCAUUGAUCCAUGCAAUCUCAACGCGAGCAAUGAUACGACAGAUAUAAAAUGGUCUAUUGCAAUGGGAUUACCCUUAAUAAAGGCACCAAAAUCUGGACGUUUAUAUUUAGCUGAUUUGGGCAUACCAAGCGGCGUAUUUAGGGAUGUUGGUAUUCAAUAUGUUUCACCAUUUUUAGACAAAUUUACUAUUCCGUUAUACGAAUGUUAAAUGUGUAAGAUAUAAUGAAUUAUUUGUUGUUUCAUAUUUCAGGUUAUUAUCCAAUAUUUUUAGUUCUGGUUAAAAAAAGAUAUUUCUAAAGGAAAAGAAAAUUUAAUGUUGAAAGUAUAUAUUGGCUAAUGGUCUAAUAGGGAUUGUUUGUAUGAAGCAAUAUUUUCUUGGUUAGUACAUUAAAUGUUUCAAUAAGAUACCCUUUACACCCUCUGUUCUUAUGGCAUAGGCGAGAAAACAUUUCCUUGUGUAAAAAUAUGUAAAAAUUCUAUUGUUUAAUUUUUAAAAUUGGCUUAAGUCGAAAAUCAAAUUACUAAAACAACUACUGUUGCGAAAAUAUACUUCAUAGUAAUAGAGAGAGAGAGUCGUGUACACCGUGAUCUUAGCAUGUGGGAAAAUAUUAAUUAAAAAAAACAAACUAUAAAUUUUCAUCUGAACAUAAUUUAGUUCUUGCUGUCGUUUUAUAUUAUACCAAGAUAUUUCCUGGAGUUGUUGCACAUGUAAACAGCUCUUUACUGACCUGAACAUAAACUUUUUAAGCAACUUUACUUUCCAUGCCAGUUCAUAAAAAAAAUUGUGUGAAUGUUCUUAUGCUGCAGCGUUUAAGUGGUCUUUUUAAACUGGAUGCAUAUGGGUGACGAAAUGGCUCUAAGAUUCUUAAAAAGUAAAACAAAAAUGUCAAAAACUGGUAUGUUGACAUGAACGUUUUAAAACAUUUGGCCCUCCAUGUGAACCCAACUUGAUAAAUAAUGAUUUUUAAUAAAUGGAAUACAUCUUGGUUAGAGUCAUGGAAAUUUUAGGUUUAUUUUUGGCUGGAGAAAGACUAGGCUCAUGUUACGUUGACAGUGUUAGUUUGUGCUGUAAAAAUAGGCAUACUUUCAAUGCCAAAACUUUUUUGUCUUGUUAAGUUUUGAAAAAUUGCUUUAUACGUAGAUUUAAAAUACAUAUUAUUGAAAUUAAUGCAGAUUGCAUUUAUUAACAACGAUUGCAUUUCAUGUUAACCUCCUAUUUGGGUCUCAAACCAUAAGACUAGAACUAAUUGGUGUUUGUUAAUACAUACAUCAGAAACACAUUUUCUCGACGUAUGUUUUAGCAGGCUCCUAUCAUAUUAGUUGCAAGUUGUACCAUUUUUUAUCAGUACUAAACAAAAAUCAAGUCUGCAAAAUAAAAAUAAGUUGAAAAUAGGGGAGCCUUCAAACAGCUGCAAAAUGGAAACUCUUGCAUUUUCAUCAAUCGAGAAAUCGAGAAACAGUAUUGUUGUUACAAUUCAGUUGCUAUAGUAGUAACCAGUAUGAGAUGAUAUAAUGAAGUAGCAAUCUUUAUUUUUGAUUGCGUUGACCUUUUUUUGCAUAUUUUAAUUAUUUGGUAUAAUUUAUUUAUUUUGGAUUUUUUUAAUGUUAUAUAUAUAUUAUACAGUAUAUGUAUAUUGUAUUGGUCAUAUAUUUGCUGCAGAAUCAAAUUGAUGCAAGGUCUGCUUCCGUUUUAGAUGGAUAGCAUCAAAACAAAAACAAAUAAGGGAAUUUGUUUUUUCUCACGUGUGCUUUUCUUGUUUUGUUAUAAUUAAAAAAGAUUAUAAAAGUUAAAGGAACCUAACACGAAAAAUUAUUUUUUGUAUGUUAUAAAAGAAAAAAGUUUGCUUAUCAAGAUAUUUAGGUUCAAAAAUUUCAUCUGACCGUCUACAUAUCUUGCAAAGUUAUGCAAAAUUAAUUUUUUUCUUGUGGUGUGGACUUUAUAAUCCUGAUGAUCUCCUCAAAACAAGUUGUGUAAUUUGACAAUGGUCCAAACUUUAUUUACAGGUAGAAAUGCAAUGUCAGCAGUUUUUAGAAGCCGUCAUAAGAUGUCUCAAUUUUCCGUAUUCAACCAUUUAAAUCUUAAGAAUUUAAAAGAAUUUUAAAAAAAAAUUCAAAACAUUAACAUUUUUCAUAUUAGGGUAGGGGCCCUAAAAAUUUAAACAUCCUAUAUACUAUGUUGGAAAUAUGAACAGGAUGAACACUUAUACUGAAAUACGCACCCUGUCAGUGUGACCUUUAAGUGACCUGUUUAAUACCAUAUUUUAGGUUGACCUUUAAAAAUUUGACCAACUCUGAAAUAUGGAAGUAAAUAUUUCCACAUUGUCUUUUUCACAGGUGCCUUGUCAAUAAUUUAAAAACUUAUUUUUUUGAUUUCUUAGUUAGCAGUUGAUAAAACCUACAAUUUCAUUCUAAUUUUUCUUAUCCUAAAUAUUUUUUAUAUAAAAAAGCAUCGUGAAAAGCUCCAAUGAUUUUUCUGUGUGUGGUAUUGUAUAACAUGUUCGUUGACCGGCAGAUAAUCCAUAUUGUUGUUCGUAUGAAGAAUACUUUCCAUUAGUUGUUAAUGCGCACUACUUAGUUUGAUUUAUCAGUAAGGGUUUUUACUGUCUUCUAAUGUGUCUAUUGUAACCAAAAAGUUGUUUUUUUUCGUUCAGAAGUUCACCCAGGAAACACAAGACUGGAAAGUUUAAGACUGGAACUUUGUUGUUUCGCCAUAGAGUUGGUACAGGCUUUCGUAAAAAGUAGCAAGAAUUCUUAUGCAACUUUAGAAUUUUUAAUGUGUGACUGUUCUAAAAAGUAGUGAAAACAAAUUUUGUGGUACCCAAACUGAUAAAAUAUUUCUCUAUUUGAUGUCUUUAUUUUUACGGGUUUUUUUUUACUGAUAAUUUCGUCAGUUUUUUCAUCUUUAUAUUGCAGUUUUGUUUUUCUUUGUUUUAAAGUUUUAUAACUUGUAUAAACCUUUGCGUUCGAAUGUAUACUUGAAACUUA